AUGGCAUGUCGACAUGGCAGCCAGCAGCGGAGGCGUGGGAGUCGACAGAGGGUUGUCGACGGACCUUUUAACGUCCUGAUGCGGACCCGAUGGACCUGCUGACACAUCUGGACGUUUCGCCGGAGUCAUCGUGUUUUAAGCCAACACCAGCCCACUAGUCAAAACCACCACCGCCAUCAUGCCUGGUGAGGAUAAACCACCACAACAACAGACCCGCCAGAGGAAAAAGAACAAAAAGUCCCGCUCCAAGGGGAAGAGCUCAGGUGCCCCUCUUGGAGGUGCCGUGGACGGCCAAGAUGACCUCCUCUUAUCCCCGGUGCUCCAGCCUAAAAAGCAGGCGGAGGAGAAGCCGAAAGUGGCCGUCGCCAAAGUGGAGGAAGAGUCAUCCAUUGCUAUCUGUCUUCAGGUGCUUUUCCCCUACCUGCUGGCCGGGAUGGGCAUGGUGAUGGCCGGCAUGGUGCUGGACGACGUACAACACUGGAAAGUGUUUAAGGUGAUUACAGAGGUGUUCAUCCUGGUGCCUGCGCUGGUUGGACUCAAAGGAAACCUGGAGAUGACCCUGGCUGCUCGCCUCUCCACUGCGGCCAACACGGGACAAAUGGACGACCCCGAUAAACAAUGGACCAUGGUGUGCAGCAAUCUGGCACUGAUACAGGUCCAGGCGACGGUGGUGGGUUUCCUUGCGGCCGUGGCUGCCGUGUGUUUGGGGUCGUUUUCCAGAGGGGGCAUUGAACUGGACCAGGCGGCUGUCCUCUGUGCCAGCAGCAUCACCACUGCCUUCGUCGCCGCUCUGUCCUUAGGCCUGGUGAUGAUCGGAGUGAUCAUCGGCUCCAGGAAGGUGGGCAUCAACCCCGACAACGUGGCCACGCCCAUCGCUGCCAGCCUGGGCGAUUUGAUCACCCUGUCCCUGCUGGCCGGGGUCAGCAGCACGCUCUAUGAGUAUAUCGAUAUCUGGUACCUGUCCCCCCUGGUGUGUCUGCUCUUCCUGGCUCUGAUCCCGCUGUGGGUGCUGGUGGCCCGACGGAGCCCUCAGAUCAGGGAGGUCCUCCGCUCCGGGUGGCAGCCUGUUAUAGUAGCCAUGUCCAUUAGCAGUUUCGGAGGCCUUAUACUGGACAGGACAGUGAGCGAUCCCAACUUUAAGGGCAUGGCUGUCUUCACACCUGUCAUCAACGGAGUGGGUGGUAACUUGGUGGCCAUCCAGGCCAGUAGGAUCUCAACCUACCUGCACUUCUGGAGCCUCCCGGGAGUGCUGCCCUACAAGAUGAGGCAGCACUGGCCCAACCCCUGCAUCACCUUCUUCUCCUCAGGGGUGAACUCCAAGUCGGCGCGGGUGCUCCUGAUGCUGGUUGUCCCCGGUCACAUGGUCUUCCUCUACGCCAUCUCUCUGCUGCAGGGAGAGGAGGCGCCUAUCACUGUAGCCUUCUCCAUCUGCUACCUGUGUGCUGCUCUGCUGCAGGUGGCCAUCCUCCUUUACUUUGCCGACCUCAUCAUCCGUGUGAUGUGGAGACGGAGCCUGGACCCUGACAACUUCUCCAUCCCCUACCUGACCGCCCUGGGGGACCUGCUGGGCACCGGCUUUCUGGCCCUCUGCUUCCGCUGCGUCUCGCUGGUUCAGAGCCUGGGUCUCUGAAUGAUUCCCCCAUACCCAAGAACUCUUAGCCAGACACCAUUUUUACUGCAUUCACAUGGAGAUGCUUUUGAUUGGACAAUAAAGCAUUUUCUGAUGAUUAUCACUGGGCCAGUUCACACCGGGGAAUCUGUUCUCUGUAACUAAAUCAAACCUUUACAAUGACAGAGAAGCGGCAAAGGUGACACCCACUCAUUUACAGCCAUCCAUCUGGGCGAAAGGAACGCGUCCAGCCAACCUUAUUCUUUUAUUUGAGGGCAAAAGACUUUAAAGUAUGUUGGGGUUGUAGUUCUCUGUUUUGUUUUUGUAAUCAUUCCUCUUUAUCUGUCUUUUAGUUUUCCUGCAUAACUUCGUGUGAGUUUGGCGGCUCUGCGUUCACCUCGUCAUCCCUUCAGCUUCAUCAGAGGAAUUAUAGCAGCUUCACAUCACAGCAGGAAUACUGAACAACUGGGCCGUUAGUGGACAUUUAAUUGAAUCCGAACAGAUUGGAUCGACUUAAUGCAGUCCACGUUUGGCUGGGCUGUACUAUGCAUUAAUGCUAGAGGUUGUGGAGGUUGACUAAUGUAGUAAAAUAACUGGAAUUUUCAUAGAUGGACGUUUUUUUCUCCAAAUGGGACAGAUUUGGUUAGCAAACACACAAGAUAUAACGUCUUAACUGGAAAGCUUAAGAGACGGAUUUCGCCUGGAUUCUGACGU